CUGAGCUUCAGCCUUUGAAGACUCUAAAGAUGCAGAAUAUCAGAACUCACAAAAAUGACAGUGUUGAAAAACAGCUUUUGGAACUUAAAGAAGCGAACACCAAACAAAAUCUUGAAAUCCAUGUCCUGAAAUGCAAAAUCAGCAGCUUUGAGAAAAGCUUUUGCUUAAUGGAGGAAAAACUCUUCAAACAGGGAAAUGAGUUGAACAAAGAGAAAAAGUGCUCCUCCACGCAGACUGAGAACGAGCAGGAAGCUGACAAAGACCCAAAGCCCACAGCAAAGAGAACUGGAUCAGACAUGUCACCACCCAGGAAAGCUCAAAAGCCUCGACUUGAUGCUGCUUCACCUGAUCCUACAAACACAACACACACAACACAAUCUCUCCUGUACAGUGCGUUAGAAACACUACAAAAGUCCUGUUCUGAUACAGACAGGAUUCAUGCACUUACAGGAACAAGUGAACUUCCUGUUCUGAGAGAUGAAGAGAAACGCGUCAUUUCUGUGUUUUGUGCAAACGAGUGCUUAGUAGAGACGUUUCUCUCUGUGAUUUUGAAGAAGAUCAAGGCAGAGAGAGGGUUUAUGGGACAUGAUCUCCUGCAGUCUCUCUGUAGGGUUUAUGUAGGCGUGUGUCAACAGAGAGGAGACUCUCACAAAGCACAUGGUCUCGCCUACAGACUCCUUAAAGAAGACUUUCUUGAAGCCCCCCAAGUGAUUAUGGGCAUGGUGACAGCAUGGCCAAGUAUUUUAUCCCAUGACAGCUCUUUAUGCCGAGCGAUUCACAUAGUGAGCAACCGGAAAGCAAGAGGAAAGAUAUUUCACUUCCUCAACAAGUAUCUGCCCUGGAAUGAGGAGCCUCCAGGAAACAUCCACAAUGCUAUCACCAGCACCCUGAAGUCUUUUCUGGAAGACAGCAGUCUGAGGUUCCUGGAGAACAGCUGGUAUGGUUUUAAUCUCUGCCCUGCUACCUGGAACUACAUCUUCAGCCUGGAUCUUCUGUGUGCACAACUGGGCUGGACUUGGACCAUUACCAAUAUUAUAUGGAAGGAUCUUUGGCUGAUCCUGAACACUUGGCUGAGGCAAGCAAGAACAGAGCAAACACCGUUCCGAGACGUCUGUGUAGCAGCAGUUUUAAGGCUACUUGGGCGACUUGGUCAACUAGGACUUAAGGAGAACAUGCUAACGUCACUCGAAAACCUGGCAAGAAGCAUCAAUCAGUUUGGAAUGCAAAGCUUCUCAAAAGGUAUGCCAUGGGAAGUGCAGCUCUCAGUCAUCUAUGCCAUUCAUGAUCUGGCACCCAGCAACCCUGAAGCAGCUCUGAAGACUUUGGAAUCAUGGAAGAAAAACAGCACACAGCCCGUUCCCCCAGCCGUCAUCAAAUGCAUUACGCAAAUCAGCUUCCUUUGUCGUCAGACCGAGUCACAAAGAUCACAGCGGUGAUUUAUCUCUUACAUGAAUAAAAAAAAUGUAUCUCUUACAUGAACUUUGUACAUGAAUAAAUGUCUAUUAAUCUA